AGAUGCGGCCCGAAGAGUCUAAUUCAAGCAAUCUAAUUGUGACGUCGCAUCCUCCAGGAGUCCUUCAACUCACUUCCAUGCCCACUCACCAGUGGCAAGAGAUGGAAGGCGAAGCUUAACCUGCCAUUACCGUCUUGUCUUCGUUGAGUCUCAUAGCUGUUUCAAGUGUGAAAUACUCCCCUAUCGGUUUAAUCGGCAUGGAGCGCCUCGCCAACCCACUGAAGCGGAAAUCGCUGUCGGAGACGCCCGAAAGUUCCUCGAAGCAUCAUUUUACCCUCAAGUUGAUCUGAAGGACAUGAAGAAGGUGAAAAUUGAGGCUGUUGAGGCCAGAAUUGAGGAGGCAAUCAAGCCAUCACGCAACUCUGAAGGCGCCUUGAAGCGCGACUCAUCUACUCAGACCGAUCUGAUUUUGAUGGAGAAGAUCAAGGCCGGACCAGUGGAGAUAGCGGACGAUAACAAGUCUAAGGACAUUAAGAUCGAGGAAGUCGAUGCAGAACCGGCCAAGCCCGAGAAGAUGAUUGAGGUGGUAGUGGGUCGAUAUCCUGAAAGACGCUGGUAUCUUCCUAAGAACCUACUGGGGCAGCAUUCGAGCUUCUUCAAUGCAGACAAAGUCUACCUUCCUAAGGAGUACCCCACUUGCUUUGAAGCCUUUGUGCGAUUCAUGAAUACUGGCCUCUGCUAUGAAGAAUGCGACCUGGAGUUCAAUUAUGAGUCUUCAGGGACCGUCGACAGUUACAAAGCUGCGAUACUUUGGUGUCUAGGAGAAAGAAUUCUCGGACCAAGAUUUCAGGAUCACGCUAUGAGCCAUAUUUUGCAAGAGGUGGAAUUCACUAAAAGCGUCUACCUCCCCAUGGUUACAUUAGCCUUCAGGGAGGCUCUACCAAGAUCGGAGUUCCGGAAGUUGUGCAUCGAUGCAGUCUCAAAGUAUGGAACCUGUCGCCAACAUCGGCGAGGCAAGUGGGUGACGGAGAAGGAGAAGUGGGAUGAUCUCAUCGAGAAAUACGAUGACUUCUCGAAAGAACUGGCCAGGACGCAACUACCAUCAGAAAAACGAGAUGUACUGCUGACCGUCAGAGAGGACUACUAUGAGAUAGUCCUGAAACAGUGUUAACUCUAUGUCAACUCUCUUCUAGCAGCGAUUGAAGGGGUUGAAGCUGGCGAUCCAGGCAAAGUCACAAGGCUGUAGUCUGAGGGCUUCAGGGUCUGGCUGUUUCUUAUUUCGUGCUACGGCGGCCGAUGGAUGUUCACCAAUACUUGUUUGCUAACUGAUGUUUUCUUUUCGAAGAGUUCCUCAUACUGUGUUUCCAAUUAUGCUCUUCAGCCCAGAAUUCUUUUCGAACUACUGUUUCACAAGACAGUGUCUUCUACUCAAGCAUUCCAGCACUCUUUCUGCUAUUUUCUUUCACUGUCAAGACUCGGCACAGGAACUGGAGCUUCGGCAAUGGAGCAUCAGGCAUAUGUCACGGUUCGGUUAUGGGAAACAACAGCAUCCUGAUUUCAAUUAGCAUAUGAUGCCCUUGCCUUUCCUCUAGGGGAGUACGUAGCACUCAAUAAUGAUACCUACC